GAAUCAAAUCCGUGGAGACAAUCAGCUGCUCAACAUGAGCAAAUUUGAGCAAAUCCUGAAGGAGAUCGGAGCGUUUGGUUUGUUUCAGAAGCGUCUGGUGGCUGCACUCUGCAUCCCCAGCGUAUUUGUAGCAUUUGAUGUGAUCUGCCAGGUGUUCACUGGCAUGAACUUUCCUCACCACUGUAACACCGACUGGAUCUUGGAGGGGGGACACAACCUGACCGAUGAGAGAAAACGAAAUCUCACAAUCCCUGUGAACACUGAGGGGAAGUUUGAAAGUUGUAGCAUGUUCACACCUGUAGACCUGGAUCUAGAAAUCAUUGAGAAGUACGGACUCAACAGCACGACGAGCUGCGUUAAUGGAACAGAUUUUGAGGCGCCAGAAGGCAGCUCCAGUAUUGUGACAGAGUUUAAUCUAGUGUGUGAAAGGAGCAGCUUUAUCGAGGCUUCACAGUCCAUCUACAUGGCUGGUCUUCUAGUCGGGGCAUUUAUCCUGGGGCAGAUGGCUGACAGGUUUGGCCGGCGCUUUGUGGUGCUGCUUUCCCUGCUCAUGCUGCUGGUGUUCGGCGUAGGCUGCGGUUUUGCACCUGAUAUCUACGUAUACAUCGUACUCAAGUUUUUUUGCGGCGUUGCCAUUUCUGGGAUUGUGGUCAAUGCUUUUGUCAUAGGUGGAGAAUGGAGUGAUUCCUCAAAGUUUGCCCUCUGCACCAUCAUCUGCCAUUCUUUCACUCCUGUUGGGCUGAUCCUAUUAUCGGGUCUUGCCUAUUUAAUUCACAACUGGAGAAUCCUUCAGAUUGUGCUCUUCAGCCCUCUGGUUCUAGUCCUCCCCAUCUUCUAUUGGGUCCUUCCGGAGUCAGCUCGCUGGCUCAUCACUCAGGGGAAGAAGGAGGAGGCCAUCAAAGCAGUACGGAGAGCUGCCAAAGUGAACAAGAGGAAAGUACCUGAAGAUCUCCUAGACAAACUGGAGGAUGAAGUGACGACCAAAAAAGGAGCCAUGCUGGACAUCUUCAGAAUAUCAUAUCUGAGGAAACGAGCGGUCAUCAUGAGCACCGUUUGGUUUGCAACUAGCCUCAUGUACUACGGACUGAGUCUGAACGUAGGAAACUUUGGUCUGGAUAUUUACCUCACACAAUUCAUUUUCGGCUUGGUGGAAUUUCCUGCACGCAUCGGCAUUUUGCCGCUUCUCCAGCGCUUUGGGAGAAAAAUCUGUCAAGGGGGCGUGCUGUUGUUUGGAGGCUUAGCUUGUCUUGGGAUUCUCCUUGUACCGAGAGAUCUUCCCAUCGUAGCAACAGUCAUAGCUGUUUUGGGGAAAUUUGCCGCCACGGCCAGUUUCGCCACAGUCUAUGUUUAUACUGCAGAGCUGUACCCAACUAUUUUAAGGCAGAACGGCGUUGGUCUGAACUCCAUGUGUGCUCGUGUGGCGGGAAUCCUCGCUCCACUGAUCCGGCUCCUGGAGGUUUACCAUUUCACCAUCCCCAUGCUAAUCUACGGCAUCAUCCCUAUAGUCGCUGGAGGUCUCUGUGCAAUGUUACCUGAAACUUGCAACGCAGAACUACAGGACCUUGCUGAAGUUAGCAAACCUAUCGCUGAAACUGCAGAAAAAAGUUUAAAAGAAAAGAGCACCAAAAUGUGAUUUGGUUUUGCCUUUUCAAAACUGUAUUUUGUUACACUUGUUGUUAUUUCUGUCACCCUCUUCUGUAUAAAAAAAAAACUAAGGUGAAUAAAUUGACAAACCCCAUAUAUAGUCAAUUUAUUGAGGGUAAUACUCCAAAUUUGUCACUGUUUAAGAUGGAUUUAGCUUGGUUAAAAACCCGCCCUAAAAUUGAGAGAAUUUCUGCUACAUUUUCAUCUUUCAGCUUCCAAAAUCUACCCAUUUUUGUGGUAUAUUUAUUUUUUAGUGAAAGUUUAAGUUUCAUAACAUUAAUUUUCUUAACCUGCAAUAUCCCUUUCGGGGUCGCCAGAGCUUGUCCUGGCUACUGUUGGGCCUGGACAGGUCGCCAGUCUUGUUGCAGGGCGGACAACUACUCCCACAUGACUUUCAGAGUAAUCGAGUAACCUAUGAAGCAUGUUUUUGGACUGUGUGAGGAAGCCGGAAAACCAUCCAUGCACAAGAAAAACCUGCAAACUUUCAUUGAGGCAAGAGUGCUGUUCCACCGUGCAGCCCACUUUCAUAACAUAAAACAGUUAUUUUCCUUCACUUUGUGAUUAUUGUGCG